AUGUUCUCACUUGGGUCUCACUGUGCUGAUUGUGUCAUUUCUGAUGUUGCCGUGCGCUGGAAAAGCAGCCGUACAGCGACGAAGAGCGCGUCAAACGCUCCUACUCCCAGGAUGAGGCUUCUGUGUGCGGCCGCGGCCUUGGCCGCGGUCUUCUGCCUGACUCGAGAAGCAGCCUUUAGUCAGCCUUCGUCCCUGCGCGGGCACUCGCCGCGCUUUCAGCCAGUGCGUGGCGAGAUAGUUGAUGGUGCCGAAAGCCGAUUUGUUGGACAAUCGUACAAUUUCGCAAGCACCGUUGCCGUUGCCGUCCCGGGAUGUGCUAUGGGCCUCGCACUCGUUACGUUGAUGGCCAAGAAGGGAUGGAGAUUGAAGUCCCGAGCCAAAUGGCGCAAAGCAGUCAAUAGCCAAAAUCGGGGACGCGUUGGUUACAGGGCGGACAGACGGCCACCGCUCUUUGGACCGGAAAAGCCGCCGCACGAGGGGAAGCGAAUCUACCACUAUUACUGCAACAAGAUCUACAAGGUGAUGCGAUUCUCGGCCGCUACCGAAGUGGCUCCGGCCGGUGCUAGCCAGGUGGGCUCGGAUUGGAUUCAGCAAAAGUUUGCGGCGUGGUUCCCUACCCGGGUACCCGGAUUUUCUGGAAAGAUGGCCUCUGCCUUGUGCUUUUCGAUGUGUGCCUUGCUUUUCUGCUACCGUCUUCUUGGCUCAAAGAGUUCCACUCAUGCCAUUCACGGUUCACCUCCUGCCAUGCGUUCCAGCAAUGUAGUCCUUCAUGUACAAAGACACGCUUUACUGCUGCUCUCUCUGCUCGCGGCCAUCGCAGGUUCGACCAACAUCAGACGCCAGAACAGCGAAACUCUCUGCGAACAUGCAGAAGAAGAGCCGCUGCUUUCCUGCUCCAAGGUAGCUGCCAGGCAGCGCCAUGAAGCAUGGAACAUGAAGUUGGAGGAAGCGUGGCAAAACCUCUGCAGAGACGAGAGAAAUUUGCCCUUGAUGGAAGUCUACCUAGAUCGACGCUUCCGAACAAAUUACAAGAGUGUCUACAACACUGAUGGCUGGGCAGAUGCUGCAUGGGUCAACUACGUGGCAGUGCCUGCAGAUGGGAAAGGCAUCUUCGGAGAGCUGACGGAAAGGUUGGUCGACUCCGUGCAUCGUUUUUCUCAACAUCCAGUGAUUGUCGUCAACUUCGGGACGGAGGCGCCGGCGGACCUAGAUCCCAAGCGAUUUCCCCAUCUUGUGCUGCUACAUGCACGAGGCCUCAGGCCAACAAGUCCCAUAUCAUUCAAUUUCAACAAGCUUCGCGCAGUCCUGCUGGCACAGGUCAAAGUCGGAGCUUCCCUGGACUCCGACAUGCUCAUGGUCACAGCCCAGGCGGAUCAUCUUCUAAAUCGCACCGCCGAGGAAAUCACAGAGAAGUAUCCAUAUCCCAUGAUGCCAACUCAUUUUCUUGACCGCGAUGUCCGUGACAGAGAAGCCGCCAGGAGAUUGCACAAGGGCAAUUUCCUGGGCUUUACCUGCAAAGACUGUCCAACACCGACCAUGCGGUGGGGACAGGCCCAGCCGACCUGGACGUACUGGUCGCUGCCCUUCCUAAGUCGCUGGCUGUCUGCAAAGAUCGCAGGACGGAAGGAGCAGGGGGUGCCAACAGCGGACAUCAAGGAAGACGAGGAUCUGCUCAACGUGGCGCUGUGGCAAGAGGGUGCUACAAAGUCGUGGUGCCGCUUGGCGUUAGGCGGCAUUAACUUCCUGUGGGAAAACCUUGACGCCCAGCAUCCUCCUGGACCGUAUCCAUACUACGACGACUCGAGAUACUUCCCGAAAGGCGUGCCUGUGGCCUUCUUCUUCGGUCAUGCGGAGAAGGAUCCAGCACACAUUGACAAGGCCUUGACAUAUUUGGCCGAUCCCGAUAGAGUCGCAAAGCCAGCUCCGAACCCGUUCUUUCAUGACAUGAAGUUCUUUUCCGACUUCGAACAGAUUCGCAAGGUGCAGAACAAGGUUGUUCGUGAGGCUGUCGUAGAACUGAUCCGCGUCAUGCGAAUGGCAAGUAGGAGCCUGCGGCAUAUGUCUCGCAAUGCCUCGCUGGUGCCAGUGGAAGCUUCAAGUGCAAGGCUCGACUUUCAACUGGGUGGUGUUGAUGAGAAUGGUUGGUACUCCAAGAACGGGGCGCUCGCGAGGAGAUCACAGGAAAGUGAUUGCGAAAGACAGCUGUUCAGCAAGGCAUCUUCGAUUCAACAAGCUUUCGUAGAUCAUGUCGAAGCUGGCCGCCUGGAGCGAGUGGAGGACAUGCUGGAGUUUCACUCUGACGAGUUCGAUGUGAACUUCCAGGACCCUGUGCACGGGAGGACUCCUCUCAUGCUAGCUGCCUUGGCUGGAAGCCUUGAGCUUGUGGAGGUCCUGCUGGAGGCCCGUGCCGAUCCGCAUAUUCGGGAAAGAACAGAGAUGCGAUACACUCCGCUGGAGGCAGCGCAGGUCAUCAUGGAGGAUGAGGACGGUGACUUCGAGGAGCUUGUGCAGGUGCUUGCCAAGGCCUCUGGAUAUGAUCGCCCACCGUGUAGCGAUGCGAUCCGGGUUACGAUUUCCGAUGAGCUGCGUUUCACGAGCGACGAUAUUCUGCCCGAGCUGUCAAGGGAGCUCUUGGCAGCUCAAGCACGGGUGUGCCUGCCGAUCGCUCGCCUGCACCAGUCCCCUAGAAGCGCUGGUGCUCCUCCUCUGCGCUGCGCCGAAACCUGA